GAGGUCAUCGUGGAGGCGGGGCCCCUGCAGCUCGGGGAUGUGCAGGAGACGGAGUGAAAGUUUGGGGAGAGACAGCUGACCGAGGGUCCGAGCUGCUUUCAGCCUGUUGGUGCAGGAGCUGCAGGACUUUCAGAGCAGGAGACCAGCGACACGAAAACAUGCCAACCAAAAUGCUGACCACCAACUACCUGCCUUGCUGCACAGUCAUCCUAUCAGUGCUGUUAAAGCUGACCCUUGCCCAGUAUGAGCACCUCGGCUACCCGCCGGGCUACCCGGACCCGGAGCAGGAACAGUACUCGGCCCCGCAGCUGUCACCAGACACACCCAGGAUCCAGCUCCGAUUGGCUGGAGAUAAGAGGAAGCACAACGAGGGCCGCGUGGAGGUUUUCUACAAUGGCGUGUGGGGAACUGUGUGCGAUGACGACUUCACUAUCCACUCCGCUCAGGUGGUGUGUCGGGAGCUGGGCUACCUGGAAGCCAUCUCAUGGUCUCCUUCCUCGAAAUAUGGGAAAGGACAAGGAACCAUCUGGUUCGACAAUCUCCACUGCACCGGCAAAGAAAGGACCUUGUCGCUGUGUCCGUCCAACGGGAUCGGUGUUUCAGACUGCAAGCACAGCGAAGAUGUAGGCGUGGUGUGCAGCGACAAGAGGAUUCCAGGAUUUAAAUUUGUCAACACCUUGCCCAACCAUGUGGAGAACAUUGAUAUUCAAGUGGAGGAUGCGCGCAUACGGCCGAUCCUGUCAUCGUACCGCAAGCGUAUCCCUGUAACAGAGGGCUACGUGGAGGUGAAGGAUGGGGGUAAAUGGAAGCAGAUCUGUAACAAUGAGUGGACCCAGUUUAACAGCAGAGUCAUCUGCGGCAUGUUUGGCUUCCCCGGGGAGAGGAAGUACAACGCCAGAGUCUACAAAAUGUUUGCUCGCAGGAGAAAACCCACAUACUGGGACUUUGCGGUCAACUGCACUGGCAACGAAGCCCAUUUGUCCAACUGUAAACUGGGCCAGGCUACGACGCUGAAGACCAAUGGCUCCUGUACGGAUGGAUUGCCUGUGGUGGUGAGCUGCGUGCCCGGCAGAGCCUUCGCACCGGCGUCCAUGACGGGAUUCAGGAAGGCCUUCAAACAAGAGCAAGUGCUGGUUCGUCUUCGUGGUGGGACCAUCGUAGGCGAGGGCCGAGUGGAGGUGCUGAAAAACGGAGAGUGGGGCACCAUCUGUGAUGAUAACUGGAACCUGCUGUCUGCCACCGUGGUGUGUCGAGAGCUGGGCUUCGGAACGGCCAUGGAGGCCCUGUCUGGAGGCCGCCUGGGACAAGGCAUGGGCCCGGUGCACAUGAACGAGGUGGAGUGCUCAGGAUUUGAGAAAUCCAUCACAGAGUGUUUCUUCAACAAGGAGUCUCUGGGCUGCAGCCACGAGGAGGAUGCAGCCGUCAGAUGUAACAUCCCUGCUAUGGGCUUCCAGGAGCGGCUGCGUCUGAGCGGAGGUCGUAACCCCUUCGAGGGCCGUGUGGAGGUGAUGGUGGAGAGGAACGGCUCUCUGGCGUGGGGGACGGUGUGCAGUGAAGGCUGGGGAACCAUGGAAGCCAUGGUGGUGUGCAGACAGCUGGGCCUGGGCUUCGCCAGCAACGCCUUCCAGGAGACGUGGUAUUGGCCGGGGCAGGUGAGUGCGGACGCUGUGGCGAUGAGUGGCGUUCGCUGCUCCGGCACCGAGAUGUCUCUGUCCCAGUGCCUGCACCACGGAGCCCACCUCAGCUGCCCGAAAGGAGGGGGACGCAAUGCUGCUGGAGUCUCCUGUUCUGAGACGGCUCCUGACCUGGUGUUGAACCCUCAGGUGGUGGAGCAGACCACCUACAUGGAGGACAGGCCCAUGUUCAUGCUUCAGUGCGCCUUCGAGGAGAACUGUCUGGCCUCCCCCUCCAGCCAGGCCCCGGCCAACUCCUACCGCCGCCUGCUGCGCUUCUCCUCCCAGAUCCACAAUAACGGCCAUUCGGACUUCAGGCCCAAAGCCAACAGAAACUCCUGGGUGUGGCACGACUGUCACAGGCAUUAUCACAGCAUGGAGGUGUUUACACUCUAUGACCUGUUCAGCCUCAACGGAACCAAAGUGGCUGAAGGACACAAAGCCAGUUUUUGCCUGGAGGACUCAGAGUGUGAUGAAGGUAUUGAAAAGAGGUAUGAGUGUGCUAACUUUGGAGAGCAGGGCAUCACGGUGGGCUGCUGGGACACCUACAGGCACGACAUCGACUGCCAGUGGGUCGACAUAACUGACAUCAAACCUGGAGAUUACAUUUUCCAGAUAAUCAUUAAUCCAAACUACGAAGUGCCAGAGUCAGACUACAGCAAUAACAUUGUGAAAUGCCGAUGUCGAUAUGACGGCCACCGUGUGUGGAUGUACAGCUGCCACAACGGUGGCUCAUUAAGCACUGAAACAGAACAGACGUUCCCAGGCCUCCUCAAUAACCAGGUGACCCACAGGUAAAGACAAACCAGAGGAGAGGAGGUAACCGGCCGGUCCCUCCAGCAGGGAAACCGCGUGAAGCCAGCAAACACUCUGCAUCUCCAUCAGUGGUGGCUCCCUCCUGCUCGCCCUGUCCUGGUCCAAUCAGCUUUUCCCUUUAUCCUUGUGGCAGCAGCUUUCUUUGGCCCUCAACCCUUUAUUUGUUCUACCAGUAGAAAGAAUAUUUGAUUCCCCCUCCUGUCCAAACAGAGGCAGCUGCAACCACGCUAACACCACCCUCCCUGGUUAACUUCAAGAAGCUCUCUGUGUACCCUGUGUUUUUUUUGUUUUUUUAAUGAGCGAUGAAAUAAACCUGCUGGGAAGUGGCAGCUAUUUAAGUGCAGCACUGACGUGCAGCAGUUUCUUUGUUCAGAGAUCACCCUGGAGAGUUUGGAUGUCUGUGUCAAGUCGCCUGAGAGGGAUCAUCGAUAACGACAGCCUAGGAAAUAAAUGCAGUUUUAUUCCACUAUUUAACAGUGCCUUGUUAACUCUGAAGUCCCUUUAUAGAAAAAAAACAACUAUUCGGACAAUUUAGAUGAGACACACUAGUGAAAACAUCACUAGGAUUAUUUUAUAUUCAAUAUCUGUCAAUCGAUCCCUUUCACCUAAAUCUUACACACUAAACCUUUAAGUGCAUUAAAGUUCCCUAAAGUAUUUGUUUAAAUAGUUGUAGACAUUUAUCUCUGAUCUGCUUUGCAAACUACCUGGACCAGACAGGAGUCUGCAUUAAGUGUGAAGUUCUAGCAUUUCAAUGAGCAGGUGUUUGUGUGGAGGUGGUGUGAGUCAGGAGAAGUUCUCAAUUCAUCAAAGAACUAAAUUAUGUGAGCAAAGAGGUUUACAUUUUUACCUGCACUGCCAGAUAUUGUAAACAGAGAGAAGCCAAAUAUUGUGAUUCAGAUUUGGAGAACUCUCUGUUCUCUUCCCUGCCACUAGGGGGAAGAUUUGCCUCCAGACGAUGUCUUGUUCUGACAUGUUCGUAUCUAUUUCCUCUUUCUGAUAUGUAGCAAUGGUUUGUUUUUUAAGCUAAUAUGGGACCUCAUGUUUCUUUUCUCCUUGUUCACUACUGUUACGAAAUGUCCAUAUUCAGAACAUUUGUGUUCAAAUGAACAUUUUAAAGCUUCCUGGUUUGCCUCACUGCAUAUUGUAAUACUGUAAGUAGCCACUAGGGGAAGCAUUUAACUACAGAGAGGAUUGAAACACUUCUUUUUCACCCUGGUAUUAAGUUACUAUUUUACCAUAAUCCCUUUAUUUAGACCAGCCUUUUUCCCUUUGUAGUUUAUUUUAGCAAGUCUCAUCAGAACUGUAAUUCCCCAAAAUAACUACGCUUUAAUGUUGAACUCGUGCUUAAGUGAGACUGAGCAAAUGGCAGAUUUGUUACAAAAUAUCACACAAAGUGCUCUACAUGAGCAAUUCACAAUAGAGAACAACAUCCCCUUCUUGUGUUCCUUGUGCAUUGGCUUGUGCAUGUAUAGAAUGACUUCACAUAGCAGUGUUACCUACAUAAAGGCUUUUUCAAACAAUUCAAAUCGUCAUAAUUAGUGGAUUCAUUUGCUAGAGAGAAGAUGAAUAUUAUUGAAUUUUGACCAGUGAAUUUGUGCUUUUAGCCUCUAACAAGCAGUCCUGACAGUCCUGAACUUUAGAGGGAAAGACUUGCGAAAAGUGUCGCAGUUUAUUAGCCUAUAUUUAACCUGCGUUUGUUGUAGUGUGAACUGCUCCAGAAAAGGAAUCGUCUGCACACGGCUUCAAUACAGGAGUCAUUCUGUUUUUCAUGUUUAAGUGCCCAAGCAAAGCUAACAAGAUUUUACUGACUGGCGACUAGCAAACUUGUUAGCAGCAAAAGCUUUAUCUUUCCUGUUGAAUAACGUUUUAUUGAAAAGAAAAAAAAACACGGAUGUAAAAUGCAGGGAUAAAUAAGCAGAAAAAUCGAGAGAAUCAGUGGGAGAUCAGAGGAUUUGUGCCAAAGGUUAGCUAACUAGGCCACCAGCUACAGCUCCGCGAGUAUUCGUAACCAAGUUUAUAAAAUAUUUCAUGAAUAUGUGAGGAUUAUUUUUGCUGUAACCGUUUCUGAUGUGACCCGUUGUGAUUUCACUGUUAUCGUGACUUACUUUACAGACGAAGCAGACACAACGCAGAAGAAGACAAACUCUGAACAACCCGUGUUAGCUCUCUUGCUGAUAUGCUAAUAUAAGUUUUUUCUUCUUAUCUAUUGCACUGACAUGUGUGGGGGAAAUGCUACUAAGGCAUAGGGAUAUGAGGAAAAGAUGAGGGAAUAGCAACAUUUUCAACAUUUUUCUCGGACAUAUUCUGAAGAAAAAACAUAUUCAAUUAUAUAUUAACUUACCAUUGAAUAAAAAAGAACUUUCAUGGCCGUGAUCAUUCCUAAACACGCUGGCAAAAACGCUGCAAUCGUGAACUAGAUUGUUCGUAUGGAGUCUUCUGGUGAGCACAGCAUGGCCCCACCUGGAGGCAGUAAUGCACCUUAUAGCUUGGCUGCAUGAGAACACCAGGCAGUUUGCAGGGUAGAUGCUUUCAGCUACAGGACGUUGUAGAUCUUCAAAUACAACAAGAAAAGGCUACUUGUCCUAUUUGUGUACUAGCCAGUGGCAGCUCAGCUGUGAAACAUGUGAUGUACACCAGCACGGCCAUUCGGAGGCUUUGAAGCUGUUUCUCCAAAGAGCCUUGUUACUGCUAAUAACCAAAACAAUAACGAUAUCUUUAUUAUGACUUUGAUUUAUGCUUUAUGUCACUGUAGUGUGUCCGUAGGGUUUCCCUUGGCACAGUGUUGGCUCCACAUGAAGCUCAUGGGACUGUGUUACAGCAACAGGCCUUUAAAGAAGUGCAGAGAUGUCCGCCAGUUCCUCUCACUGCUUUAUAUGUUCACAAAGAAUUAGAAGAGCUGAUUCCAUCCUGUUGCGACACAGAUUCCAUCUCCCCACAACAGAGAGGACCAACAGCAUUUCUUUAUGUUAAGACAGUCGCAGUUGCAGGUUUUCUUUUUUUUCUUUUCUCACAAUUAAAAAACACUUUCUGUCAUUCAGAUUAGGUUUAUAUAAUAUUAUUACAAUAUUGUACAAUAAUGUAUGUGAAUCCUAGUUUAUUAUGCUUUUUAUAAUGGUGCUAUCAAACUGGCCCUCUGUUUUCUGAGGGUACAGUACAUGUUUGAACAGCUACAUUACGUGUACUAACAGUAUACUUGAACUGAGCGUGAUGUGCUUUGUGUUUCCAAAUAUAAUAAAGGUCAGAGUUACGGAGCAACCAA